CCUUUUCUCUUCUCUUUCAACACCCACAAGAACAACAAAGGCCACAACCAUGGCCUUUUUUCAACGCAUCUUCUUCCUCUCAACUCUUCUCUUUCACCUCUUCACAAUCUCAAGCUCCAUAGGCAUAAAUUAUGGCACCAAUGGAAAUAACCUCCCACCACCAGCUCAAGUUGCUAACUUUAUCAAAACUAGGACCAUCUUUGACAGUGUCAAAAUCUUUGACACCAACCCUGAUGUGCUCCGAGCCUUUGCCAAUACUGGUAUUUUCGUGACCGUGACUGUUGGCAAUGGGGAUAUCCCAGCCCUUGCAGACCUUAACAAUGCUCGCCAAUGGGUUGCCAAUCACAUUGUCCCUUUCUACCCUCAGACACGGUUCCUUUAUAUUGCUGUUGGUAAUGAAAUCUUUAACACCGGUGAUAACAACCUUAUCUUAAAGCUAGUUCCUGCCAUGAGGUCAAUCCACAAGGCUCUUCUUCUCGCCAGAAUCUAUAACAUCAAGGUAACAUCCCCUCAUUCUGUUGCCAUACUCGGAAAGUCGGAGCCACCAAGUCAAGGCCGAUUCAGGCCAGGCUACGAUCGGAUCGUCUUCGGACCCAUGCUCAAGUUCUUACGCCAAACCAAGUCACCCUUCAUGGUCAAUCCCUACCCAUACUUCAACUACGCACCAAAUAUGGCAAGCUACGCUCUCUUCAAGCGCAAUGCGGGUAUCCUUGACAGAUACACUGGCCUUAGGUACACAAACAUGUUCGACGCCAUGAUGGAUGCUAUGCACUCGGCCAUGAAAGCUAGUGGAUAUGGAGACGUGAACAUGGUCGUGGGCGAGACCGGUUGGCCAACCAGCUGCGAUGGCUACGUGGCCUGUAGCACGAAGCAUGCGUCUCUUUUUAAUGGGCAUUUGGUUAGGCAUGUUAACUCACGUAGAGGCACACCAUUGAUGCCUAAACGAAGAUUUGAGACGUACCUUUUCGCCAUGUUUAACGAGAACCUUAAGCCAGGUCCAAAUGCUGAGAGGAACUGGGGUAUUUUCCAACCAGAUUUCACUCCGAUUUAUGAUGCUGGGCUUUUGCGCGGUCAGUCUAGUGGAGGAAGAAGAGAAGGAGCGACCACAGGACCCCGACCCCGAUCCGCAGCAUGGUGUAUGCCAAAAGCAGGAGUUAGCAAUGCAACGUUACAGGCAAACAUAGACUAUGUAUGCAGCCAAGGGGUGGAUUGCAGGCCCAUUCAAGCUGGUGGAGCCUGCUUCCAACCCAAUGAUGUUAGGUCCCACGCAUCCUACGCCAUGAAUGCUUUCUUUAAGGCCAAGGGUCAACAUUCUUACAACUGUGAUUUCUCUCAUUCUGGAGUCCUAGUCUCCCACAACCCAAGUUAUGGCACUUGUACAUUCGCAUGAGAUUUUGAGAUAAAGGUUGUGGGUGUAAAGACUGCCUGGUAUCUGUAACCAUACUUGGAGGAAGUAUUUAAUUAUAUGCGGUUAUAUAAU